AAUCUAUCAACUUAACGGCCUGUUUACUCGGCCCAGUUCGACGUCGAUGGCGUAUUCCUCCACUCCGCCUCCACCGAUCUAAACGCCUAGCUAGCCACAUCGCACAGCCUCUCCGUCCACCGUCCUCGCCGCCGACGACAAGGCUCCCGCUGGAGCCAGCAUCAGAGCCGAUCCCACAGCCCCAUAACCUCACCACAGCCACACGUGACGCCCCUGCGCGCAUCCGCGGUACCAGCCCACGACGAGGGGGAAGAAGGGGGGGGGGGGGGGUGAGCUAUGGAGAAGCCGCCGAGGGCUUCGCAGGAGACCGCGGCGGCAGCCGCGGAGGUGGCGGCGCAGUUCAGGUCGCUCGUCAGCUCCGAGGACGUGGAAUCCAUCAAGCAGGCGCAGCACCUCAUACUGGGGCGACUGCAAGAUAGUAAUGCAGUUCUCACACAUUUCAAUGAGUAUUCUGAGCAAUGCUUUGCGGAGGUGUCCACUGACUUAGCUAGUAAAGCUCGCCUUCUCAAGUCGAUGAAGGAUGAUCUUGACCAUAUUUUCAUGAAGCUGAGAAGCAUGAAAUCAAGGUUAGCAUCAACGUAUCCAGACGCUUUCCCUGAUGGCGCGGUGGCAGAGACCAUGGACCAGAGGCCAGAUCUCGAAACUCCUUUGGAAUAGUAGGUUUAUCACCUAAACCUAGCAUAUUAAUGACGAGCUCUGCAGCGAAGAUCCAUUCUUCUUGAGAAGUGAAGCAACAAGCUAUUUUCACCCUUUGUUUUUGCAGAAAAUUACAGCAUCUAUUUUUCCAGAAGCUUCUGCAUACACGGCUCUAACAUCGUGCUUGUACAUAACUGGACUUGGUAGAUCGCCUUUUGCUAUUCCUUGUGUAUUAUGGAGAUGGACACCAUGUAA